CAUAUAUGCCAAGAGAGCGCUGCUGCACAAACAUCAUACACUGUACCUGUAUGCAAGGCAUCAGCCUAAAUCGUCGCCACUUGCCGCUUAAAAAACGCUCCGAGGGAUCUCUGCGAAUUAAGGCACCGAAAGCACAAGCACAAGCACAAGCACAAGCACAAGCACAAGCACAAGCACGAGCACAAGCACAAGCACAAGCACAAGCACAAGCACAAGCACAAGCAGCACGCCCCUCCUCGCACGCCAUUUCUCCUAUCCAUCAACCAAUCUCUCCGCUCUCUGGCCCAAUAGUGUGUGCCGCUGCACUUUCCCCCCCCUUCUGACACUUGUCACCCGUGGGCGCGUGAUGCUUCGCACGCCGAAUUUGGGCGAAAAGGUACGCCGCCCGCUUGCAUAGCGCAUUGCCCACAUCACUCACAAACCAAGCCUAGCUGCGCCUUGCCAGGAACAAUGCGCCGAAGCAGUGCGCAGGGGAUCGGCCACAUUCGUGGUGAUUUCGCGGAUUGCCCUUGGCCAAGCAAUGAUGCUCACGAGGGG